CUUCGCUUCUUUUUAAAUCCUGGCUGCUUGCUUUUAGAUUGCUUUCUAGAAACUUGUGAACCAUGCUUACGAAAUUGUUGAUGUACGUAAAGAACUAUUGGAGCCUCCUGUUUCAUUUUGUAGCCUCUUCGUGUCGCUUUUCGUACGACGUCUCUUCAUUUACUUCGCUUGUGGCCUGAAUCGUCUUUUUCUCCUUCUUUCGCCGCCGGUUUUCGUCGUGUGACGGAUGGAAAAUGACUAGCAGCAGGGGCAAUGGCUGAGGUCAAGGCGGUGAGCCUCUCCGAGUCCAAUUCACAUGUAGGCGGUCAGCAAUUCGGCGGACUCGCCUGACUUCUUCCCCAAACCUUCACCUUAGGAAGAGGAACAGAGAGGCGUACCACCCACCUCUAUCGAUUUUCUCUUCGCGUUCAUGGCUGCUGUUCUUGAGAUGGUGCUCACGAAUGGGUUCUUCUGGGACCUCUUCGCCUUCGUUACUCCGCUGUGGGUGGCGGUCUCAGUAGGGCUUUUGGUGGGAUGGAUGUGGAAACCCAAAUGGGUGGAAAAAGUGGUGGCGGUUGGCAGGGGCGGGAGGGAGAGGAGAGCCGGUCAGAUUAUCCAGCAGCAGCCGGUGUUCGAUUCGAGCUCGUCGGCGAGUUCCGGUUCUUCGAUUCCUCAGUGCAGCAGUUGCAAUUCAUGGGUUUCAGAGGGUACGUCAGAGGGGAGUUCAUCGGCGGUUAUGGAUUCCAGUCCAGAGAAAGACCAAUCGGCUGUUGUGAAUGAUAGCGACUUUGAGCACCUAUGGCGGCUGGUUGAGAUGAGGGAUGGAGGUCCAGAUUGGCAUGAAAUGAUGGACCGGGAAACUCCGACGAUGACGUAUCAGGCAUGGCGGAGGGAUCCGCAGACUGGACCUCCCCAAUACCGUAGCCGGACUGUUUAUGAAGAUGCUACACCAGAGUUGGUGAGGGAUUUUUUCUGGGACGAUGAAUUCAGGGUAAAGUGGGAUGACAUGCUCGCAAAUGCUGCGACUUUGGAGGAAUGGGAGGACACCGGAACUAUGAUUGUUCAUUGGGUCAGGAAGUUCCCUUUCUUCUGUAGUGACCGAGAAUACAUCAUAGGCCGCCGAAUAUGGCAAUCAGGAGGAUCAUAUUACUGCGUGACAAAGGGAGUAGCAUACCCCUCCUUACCAAGGCGUAACAAGCCAAGGCGGGUGGAUUUGUACUAUUCAAGUUGGUGUAUUCGAGCUGUGGAAUCCAGGAGAGGGGAUGGGCAAUUAACCGCGUGCGAAGUGCUUCUCUUUCAUCACGAAGAUAUGGGGAUCCCAUGGGAAAUUGCCAAGCUUGGUGUUCGUCAAGGAAUGUGGGGAGCUGUCAGGAAGAUUGAACCAGGUCUCAGGGCCUAUCAGGCUGCAAGGACGAGAGGAGAACCACUUUCCCGAUGUGCGGCGAUGGCGCAGAUCAACACUAAAGUUGAUCCAAAUUAUUCGAGGCCGAUGGAACUGGUGGAGUCAUCACAAUUAGAAGUAGAAACCCCAAAAAAGGCAUGGCGGAUAAAUAUACCUAAAUAUUUUAUUGUUGGCAGCGCCGUGGUUCUUGCCUGCAGUCUCGACCAAAGGCUCUUGACAAAGGCAACGAUCUUUGGAGUUGCGAGAAGAUUCAGUAAGAUUGGGGGGAGAAGAUUGUAGACCAGUUGGCCAUGCAUCUUCCAGAAGUAACGGGAUCAGUGGCUUACAGUGUUUUUCUCUAUUUCCCAUUUAACUAUGUGAAAUUCUGCACACCCUUUUGUUGAGCACAAUUUGCAGAUUCUGCAAAAUUUUCAGGUUCAAAUAUACAACUGAAUGUGCCAUGAGAUUUUUUUAUUUUUUUUUUCCGAUUGUUUCAGUGCAUAUAAGCACGGAUUCAGUUGCUCUACAAACAUGUUGAGAUGCUAAAAAUGCCAAACUCCUUAACUAA